AUGAAGUGGUCGGCUCGCUUUGCAGCCCGGCAGCACGCUGCCGGCCCAUCGGCGGCUUGCGUGGCCUCUACCGCGGCCACCGCCCGCAGGGCGGUGCUGGCACUGCCGCUGCGAGCGAGGUGGGCCAGCAGCGCUGGCCGGUCGGGGCUGCCGUCCUAUGAGAGCGAGUUCAAGGCCUCCGUGCAGGACCCCGAGCGCUACUGGGCCUCCAAAGCCGAGAAGGUCCACUGGCACAAGCGGUGGGACAGCGUGCUCGACUCGUCGCGACCGCCCUUCUACCGGUGGUUCCCGGGCGGCAAGGUCAACACCUGCUACAACGCCCUCGACCUCCACAUCGCCCAAGGGCGAGGGGACCAGGUGGCCCUCAUCUGGGACAGCCCCGUCAGCAAGAACCUGCAAAAGUACACCUACAAGGACCUUCACCAGCAGGCCACCGCGCUUCUGCACGGGGUUGAUUGUCGAUGGGUUCACCUCGCUCGCUCGCUCACUCGCCCACUCACCCGCACCCGCAACCACAACGACAACCGCAAUCGCCAAUCCAAGGUCACACACUUUGCGGGCGUGCUCGCCAACACGCACGGCGUUGAGAAGGGCGAUCGCGUGCUGAUCUACAUGCCCAUGAUCCCACAGGCCGUCAUUGCCAUGCUGGCGUGUGCCCGCAUCGGCGCCAUUCACUCGGUUGUGUUUGGCGGCUUCGCGGCCGAUCAGUUGGCCGUGCGCAUCGACCACGCUAAGCCCAAGGUGACUCUCUCGGCCUCGUGCGGUAUCGAGCCCCAUCACAUCGUGCAGUACAAGCCGCUGCUCGAUCGAGCCAUUGAGAUGGCGAAACACAAACCGCAAGCCAACAUUAUCUAUCAGAGACCGGGCCUCGAGACCCAGGCAGCUCUCGUGCAGACGGCCGAACAGAAGGACUACGACUGGGACCAGGAGAUGGCCAGGUCACGAUCCUUCAGCGGCUGCACCGAGCUAGACUCCCAUGAUCCGUUGUAUGUGCUGUACACGUCGGGCACCACGGGCAACCCCAAGGGCGUGGUCCGCGACAACGCCGGGCACCUGGUGGCACUCAAGAAUUCCAUGGAGAUGAUCUACGACCUCAAGCCCGGCGAAGUGUUCUGGGCCGCUAGUGACAUCGGGUGGGUCGUCGGCCAUUCCUACAUCGUCUACGGUCCGCUGCUGGAGGGCGCGACGACCGUGCUCUACGAGGGAAAGCCCGUCGGGACCCCAGACAGCGGGGCGUAUUGGCGAGUGAUCAGCCAGCACGGGGUGAACGUCUCCUUCAUGGCCCCAACCGCCGUCCGCGCCAUCCGUAAGGAGGACCCCGAAGGCUCGAACAUUGCCAUAUACGACAUGUCCAACCUGCGGGCGUUCUUCUUGGCCGGCGAGAGGGCCGAUCCGGCGACGGUCCAUUGGGCUCAGAAGCUGCUCCACCACAUCCCCGUCAUCGACCACUGGUGGCAGACGGAGACGGGCUGGGCGAUCGGGGCCAAGUGCCUGGGAUUGGACUACGGCGCGGAGCCCCACGUGCCAGCCAACUCGAGCCACGUCAAGGUCAAGCCCGGGUCCUGCGGUCUCGCCGUGCCGGGCUACGACGUGCGCGUGUUGCACGAAACCACCGGCCGAGAGCUGCCUCACAACCGCCACCUGGGCGAAGUCGUCGUCAGAUUGCCGCUGCCGCCGGGUUGCUUCCCCACGCUGUGGCCCAACGACGAGGAGAAGUACCACAGCUCCUACUUCCAAACCUACCCGGGCUACUAUCGAUGCGGCGACGCUGGCUUUGUGGACAGCGACGGCUACAUCCACAUCAUGGCCCGCACAGACGACGUGAUCAAUGUGGCAGGUCACCGGCUGAGCACCGGCGCUCUGGAAGAGGUGCUGAGCUCUCACCCUGACGUGGCCGAGUGUGCGGUGAUCGGGGCCGAGGACCAGCUCAAGGGAGAGGUCCCAGUCGGGUUCAUUGUGCUCAAGUCUGGCGUGACGAGGGACAGCGAGGAUGUGGCCAAGGACUGCAUCAAGCGCGUUCGAGAGCGCAUCGGCCCGGUCGCCACCUUCAAGGUGGCGAUCCCGGUGAACCGUCUGCCCAAGACCCGGUCGGGCAAGAUCCUGCGAGGCACCAUGAAGAAGAUCGCUGACGGCCACGCCUAUCAGACGCCGGCGACGAUCGACGACCCGGCCAUCCUGGACGAGAUCGAGGCGGCCCUCUUAGCCAAGGGCUACGCCAAGGAGCGGGAGGAGCCCUAA